AUGAGAACAAGACAAGCUAACAGAGGCAAAUUCAACGGAGGACCAAGGUCGUUUGACGGAGCUCCACCACGAGGGAGAGGACGAGGUCGAGGACGUGGCUAUUUCAGCGGAAGACCACGCCAGCCCCUGACCCACGCUGGAUAUGUGACUCCCUACCGAAACAUUCCACCGUCGCAGAGAGAUCUCCUGUGGGGCCCACAAACGCACUACAGUGAUGGAAUUCGUCGGUUCUACACGAGCUUCAAGACGAAUCGCAACGACGCGAAGCUCCUCUGCGGCGAGAUCAACAUGGAUAUGAAAAGGAGGGAAGAUACCAAAGCGGAGAAACAAGUGCUUUGGUUCACCGAGGUCGGAAGAGAAGAUGAUGCCGAGAAGCCCGAUGAAGAGCGAGAACUUAUCAUUAUCUGUGAAGAAACCAGCGCCGGGCCGACAAGAAUCUUCAACUUCCUAUCAAAGAAGUACCCGACACUCGGCUUGGUAGAAGUUCCAGUGGAUCAGAAAGCGCUGGCAGGACGGAAAGCAGCCCUUCGUGCGGAGAAGAGUGGAGCAGGCCUUCAAGCAGGCACAAGCCGCUUUUUAAAUCGAGAGAGGAAGGACGAGAGGAAUGAAAGAUACACAGAAGCGUUCAAGGAAAGGUGCAUGAAACAAUAUCACGAACGAAAGCAGCGUAUCCGGUCUGAGCGAACAAAUGACUCUGGAAUGGAGACUGAGACGUCAUCGAGCGACGGAAAAGCGGCAAAUGAAUCUGAACGAAGGGAAAGCACUGAUGUGAAGCCCCAGCCAGCUCAUGGCGUCAGUCGUCGUCUUCCAACGCCUCCAGCUGCCGAUGAUGGAUCCUCAGUCAAAUCUCGCUUUCUCUGCUACGCGAUCAAGAGAGAAUGGGAUCUGUGCAAACGCGGCGAUGCUCUCCUCAACGAGUUCUUCGACGAUGCAGAGCGAAUUUGCGAUGAAGAUGAAGAAUUGAUGGACGAUUUGCCGAAGAAAAUUUGCGAAUGGCUUGAUGAACCACCAUGCCAGCUGCCAAAGAUAGAAGAAAUCUGGCUUAGAUUCGGCCAGAGGAUUCUUCUGAAGACGUAUUUCAUGACCUACGUGGUCGAGCUUUACGGCGGUUUGAUGACGAAUGAAGACGAGCGAACUGGCAUCUUUAGACGGAGAACUCCCGGUGGAACGUUUUACACCAUGUUCAAAUGCGUCAACAUGAAAGAGGAUCACUGGAUCAGCCGAUUCGAGUACUUGAAGAAGCACAGAUUCGCCUACAAGCACGAACGUGCACGACUUGGCGAGGAUGCCGUUCGAGAACGCACUCAAAUGGCGAAGAUCAACGUCGCGAAUCUGAAGCGCGAGGGAAUGAGCGAUUGUCUCUGUGAGUUCGAUUACAUCUCCAUAAAAGAUCUGGACCUCGAUCACAAAGACGAUAUUCAAGAAAUGAUCGUCAAAAGUAUGAAUAGAAUGGAGCUGGAUGACGAACAAGACGUUCCUCGACCUGCACAGCCUGAAAAGCAAUACGACAGUAGCGCCUCAGAAUGGUCCGACGAAGAGUGUUACGAUGACCCCUUCGGCUACGCCCGUGAAGCACAGCGACAGCGUGAAGCACAGCGACAGCUGUACCAGGAUAACUGA